AACUUAAUCUAAGACACGAAUUGUAGAGAAUUACAGUAUAUAUAAUAGAUCUUGACCAGUAGUCUAUGGCUGGUUACGCACUAGAAGUGGUGUUUCUAAUUUUUGCCUGUUGCGAACAUUUCUAGCAAAUCUGUUGUAUUUACUUCAUUAUAAUGUAGUCGCUAUAACACAGGCAUUAUUUUUGUAUAAUAAAUCGCCAGUCAAAUUUAUUAUAGUCUUUGUAUAUAUUGUACAGUAUGUGAAAUAAUGUAUUUAAAGUAAAAUUAAUCAAUUAAUUUAAAUGGGAUCAUGAGUUGCUAUAGGACACGCUGAUUAGGUAAUUUUAAAGUUCGAAUUUAAAGUACAAUAUUUUUUUUUAAGUGUUAAUAAAAAAAGCAAGUUAGUUGAUAUUCGUUGAUGCGUGCUGGUAUCUGUGCAAUAAACUAAAUUUAUAAAUUAAAAAUAUGGCCGUAAUACAUGAAAAGAACGCCAUUUCUGGCCAGGAUAAUGAAGCUUUUGAUCAUCAGACUCUGGAGGGUAAAAAAUCUGGACAAUUCGCAGAAACUAAUGGAUCGAUUCAUGAUAAUCAGGGUUUCGCUAAGAAAGAUGCACGUGUGGAUGAUGAGGACUACGAGGAAGAAGAAGAAGAGGUCGAUGUAUCCUGUGGUAUCGGGCCGCUGAGAACCAACCUUUUUGGCCGACGAUUCGCCAACCUUUACGUCUUUGCCACCAUUAUGGGGAUUUCUGCUUUUUUCUCUGGGAUGGUGCAUAGCGUUUUACACGUGCAGUUGACUUCCAUUGAGAAACAGUUCAACAUUGACAACACAAAAGCUGGUCUGUUUGACACGGUCUCCAGAGCUGGACACAUGACCACAAUACUCUUCGCCGGUCAUUUUGCAAAGACAGUGAACAUCCCGUUGACCAUUGGUCUCUCAGGGAUGUUUCAAGGCGUACUUCUGGCCUCCCCUGGAUUUCUUCAGCUUGCUGACCCAUACGAGUUACCUGUCUUACCCCCAGCGUCUCACUUUAAAAACGUCACUAACAUUACAGGCUUUGGGGAUCAGGCCAAAUAUAUGUGUGACGCUCAUUUCAUUGCUAAUGCAACUUCACAUAGCAAAAGACCAGUGUCCACGGAGCCAACCAACCAGGUGGCCUACAUUGUGAUCUUGGUGGUCCAAGCCGUGAAAGGGAUCACGGACACUUUCCACUCUGGCUUCCUGCAGACACUUUACAUGGACGACAAUAUGGUGGACAAGAGCAAGAUGAGUUACUUUUUAGGUAUAGAGCACAUUAUUACAGACUUGGCGAGUCCAGUAGGCAGGCAGAUCAACGGAUAUCUAACGGAAAUACCCAUUGAUUUAAAAGAGACCAGUAUGGACCCCAAAGAUGGCAGGUUUGUUGCAGCCUGGUGGCUCGCUUUUCUCAUUUUCGGCUCUUGCCUGACGCUCGUCUCUUUCCCGAUUCUCCUGUUCCCGAGAAAGUUGAUCUCCAAGAAGAAGCAGGGGCAAGCACUCAAGAACGCUGUAGUGACCUUCGCUGGGGGCACGGUGGAAGAAGAAAUCGAAAAACCAAUCUCCAAUCAAUUGAAUGUCGAGGAUACCAUUAGAAAGCCAAGUGUCGUCACAAUUGGUAUGACGCACGGAAUUUCUGGAAACACCCAGCAGCGCAUUAGCAGUUCCAGAAAAAAUAGCCUGGCGUCUUUGGGUCAGCCUGGUAGUCGAAGACCAAGCCUGUUUCCUCCCGUUGUAACGCCAACAGAAAGGAAAGUCAGCUUGACCGGUGACCUCAUCUUUGAGCAGACAAUAAGUCCAGGUAGAAAGAGGUCAAACAUUAAAAAGCAAUCAAGAACGGAAGCUAUCAAAAAUGUUUUUAAAGAUUUCCCACGAGCAUUUUUGCGAAUGUUGAAAAAUCCUGCCUAUCUUCUGCUGCUGGGUGACAUUGCAAUUGUGUCCAUUCCAAUGUCAGGGUUAUCUAUUUUUAGAAGCACAUACGUAACGAAUCAGUACAAUGUUCCAAUGUCGGAGGUCACCUUAGCUUCAGGUAUUUCCUCAGCGGUUGGUCAUAUUAUCGGAACGCUUGCUAGUUCCUGGCUUGCCAGCAAGGUCCACACCAGGCUGGGCUACCUUUAUAUUGUGCUGGGCACAUACGUCGUCACCGUCAUCAUGACGCCUCUGUACAUCGUCUUCGGGUGUGACAAUGAGCCUGUGUAUGGAGCUGACGGACCAUACGGGGUGCCGGUCAAUCUGACGGGCGUCUGUGACUGCUCCCUGGCUAAGGUACUCAUCUCUUGUGGAGACGACGGCAAUAACUACCUGUCACCGUGUCACGCCGGGUGUACGGGUAUGGACGGUAAGAUAUUUACAAAUUGCGCCAUGCUGGCCAACUCCACCCUCGGAAACAGUGUCCACCCUGGCCUGUGUCCGACCAAAUGCCACACAAACUUCAUCAUCUACGUCCUGCUCCACGGGCUACAGAACAUCGCCAGCUCCUCGGCCACCAUUCCCAGACGACUCUUCAUUCUAAGAAUCGUCGACCCAAGAGACAGAGGUUUUGCUACUAGUAUUUUUGUCUUCUUCUCGAGUUUAAUGGCCAUCCCGUCUCCCAAUUUCUUUGGUAAAAUGAUAGACGACACCUGCCUGGUGUGGGAUGGCAAGUUCUGUGCUCUCUAUGACAGAGACAAGAGCAGGUACUUUAUAUCUGGUAUUGACGUUGGCGUCCAUGUUGUAGUUCAGAUAACUUAUCUUCUCAUGUUGGCGCUCUUCAAAUGGGAGGAGAGAAAAGCAAAGAGAGCAGAAGCCAAGAAAUCUGCCGAGCAGAAAGAUUUAGAAUUGGAAGAAAAAACAUAGAAAAAGAUAGGCCUUGGAUUUUUUGCAGUAAAAUCUUCCCGAACAGUAUUUUUAAUUUUAAUUUCUAAUUGGCACUUGAGAACAUUCUGUCGCCUGUAAAGUUAUGUUUAGAAUGGCUGUAUUCUAAAAUAGAAGAAUAUUAUAUUAGAAUAUAAAAGAAUAUUAAAACCACUGUCAGUUCUUAGAACUCGAUGUUGUUUAUUUUUGAACUGACAGAUGUAUUUUGAAGAGUGGAUUCAAUAAACAGUAGUAUAAAAACAAAACAGUGUGUGAUGUGUAGAUUCUGUGUGUGUUUUUAAUGUAAUAUUUUGAUAUCUAGUUUGCUAAGGUGCUCUUGUAAAGUGUUUUUAUUCUCUAAUAAACACUCUUGU